AUGUGGUGGCCAUUCAGCAUCUUCUUCAGCAGCAUCUUCCUCUUCGCCAUCGUCCUGUCCAUCCCCGUCGCCUUCGAUGUCGGCGGCCGAGACAGCGGGCUGGCCUACAGCCUGAGCCUGUCCAUCUUCUACAUCUUUUACUCGGCCAUCCGGCUGGCCACGCCCGAGACGUCGCGCAUCCGCUGGUCCAUCGUGACGCUGCUGCGAUUGGCGCAAUGGUUCGUCAUCCCGUCGCUACUUAUUUGGGCGCUGGGCAAGUUUGGCGUCGACGCCGAUGCGGGCAACUCCAGCUGGGUCGAGAGGACGCUCGGCGGCGUCUUCCAGUCCAAGAACACCAGCUGGACCGAGUGGAUGUUUGGCAAGGAGGGCCUGCUGGAGACUCUCAUGCUGGGCUCGUGGGACAAUGUGCUGCGGUACUCGGGGCCCGUCUUCCAGCUGCUCGAGGGCUUCUGCACACUCCUUGUUAUCCAGGCGGCGGGCCAGAUUACUCGAUGGCUGGUCAACAGAGGCAGGAGUGAUACCUGGGUGAUUGUCUUGCUUGCAUUUUCCGGCUCCAUCAUUGCUAGCGCCGUCUAUUUCCUGUGGCGCGUUGCCCAGUUCCCUCAGAUCAGCAAUGUUGAUGCCACUCUUAUUGGCGUCACCAUGACCACGGCUGUGUUCCUCUGCGCAUACGGCAUUGGCAGUGGCCGCGGCAGUCCCGUCGAAUCGUCGCUUCUCUUUGCUUACGUCGUGCUCUGUGUCUAUCAGAUCUUUACCGACUACCUCCCGUCCGAUGGCACCUAUUCUACCGAGGACCAAGCAUCAUCACAGCCAGAAAUCCCUCCGCUUCCACCCAUCAUCAUGGCCUCGUACUCAACCCUACUUCAUAUACUCAGUACCCUGCCUGGCGCUCUGCAUUCUUCGCUUGCCCUGUUGUACGCCGCUUUCCAGACAAUCACGCCGUCUGUCAUCAUCUCUCUCGCAUACCGUCUCUUUGUCUUCUACUGCGCCACCCGCAUCAUCCCAUCAGUACGAGAUUUAGGCGCCCGAGCCAUGAUGCAUGAGCCUGAUUUUGACGAUUCAGAAGCAGCGUCAAUGUUUCUGAGCAUCCUUAGUUACUUCUCGCCAACAAUAUUGAUAUCGGUCUACACCAGCUUGUUGUUGCAGCACUUUUCAACAAGCGAGGGGCCAGACGGCUGGACACUCAGGGGAGGGGACGUGGGCGGUAGCUCUUGGCGGUGGAUCAAUGUAGGAUUGACCAUGGUGCUGUACGGAAUUGAGCUGUCUUUGAGCACAGAUGAUCAAGAUCAUUGGAAGGUGGAUUGA